AUGUCAGAAACUGUCAUUAUUACCGGUGGUACUGGUUAUUUAGGUCAACAUAUAAUUGCUGAAUUAUUAAAACAUGAAUAUAAAGUAGUUGCAACUGCUCGUACUCAAAUAGCAGCUACUAAUUUAAUUAAAUUAUUUGCUCAUCCUUAUUUACAAACAGAAGUUGUUGAAAAAUAUGAAGAACCUGGAGCAUUAGAUUAUGUAUUAAAACAACAUAAAGAAGCUAAAUAUUUUAUUGCAAGUGCUGCAGUUACUGAUUUUCAAACUUGUGAACCAGAAGAAUUAGAAAAUAAAGUUUUAAAAAAAAGUGAUUUUAUUAUUGAAAAUACUUUACAUUCAAUUUCAAAACAUGGUCAUCAAAUAGAAAGAGUUAUAUAUACUUCAUCUUCAUCUACAAUGAUUUCUCCACAAGAUCUAUUUGCUGUUACUAAACAUUAUAUUGAUGAUCCUGAAGCUUGGUCAAAUGUUCCUUAUGAAGCAGGAAAACAUGAUCGUUUUAUGUCAUAUAUUGUUUCUAAAAUUGAAGGUGAAAAAAAACUUUUAGCUCAUAUAAAGGAUAAUCAACCAAAAUUUGAUCUUGUUUCAAUUUUACCAGCAUUUUUAACUGGUCCAGUAGUAUUUCGAAGUGAAAUUAAUUUAGAUCAUUUACCAUCUACAACAAAAACAGUUGGUGAUUUAUUAAAAUUAAAUAAAGAUAGUUAUGUACCAGAAUUAGCUACUGGUGGAGUUGAUGUAAGAGAUGCUGCAAAAGCUCAUGUUGCAGUAUUAAAUAAUCCAAAAGCUUCAAAUCAAAGAAUUUUAGUUGAAGCUUAUAAAUUAACUACUCCAAAUAUUCUUAAUAUUAUUAGAAAAGAUUUCCCACAAUAUACUGAUAAAUUACCUGUUUUGGAACCAAUACCUGAAUCUGAAUUUGUUUUACCAGAUGAUAAAAGAAGUAAAGAGAUUUUAGGAUUUGAUAAGUAUUAUACUUUAAAAGAAUCAAUCGAUGACCUUGUCAAACAAAUUGUUGAGUAG